AUGAACUCGAGUUCAUAUACAAGCAACAUGUCUGUGGCCGUGGAGGGAGACUUCUUCUCUCAGGCAUGGACUUUCCUCGUGUCCGCCCGCCUUGAGCUGACCUUGUUCCUGGCAGCUCUACUGGCCCACUUCUUGCUGUUUGGCAAUUCCACUCCUCAGAAGACGAAGCACAAGAGCGGCAAGGAGGCUUACCCAGUUGCGGCGCAGCACUUCACCUCUGCGAAGGAUGUUGAGGCUGCGCUGGCGGAAGCCGUUCGAAACAAUCAAUGCAAGCAGGUCCUGGCUGCAUGGGCCGCUAUGAAGAAGUUCAACGACUAUUCCAUUUCCGUCCCCUUGGCAAGCGUCGUGGAAGCCAUGCAGAAGUGCAAGAAGGAUGGGGAGUACAUUUUGCGAGAGACGUGCAACUACCUGAAUCGGAAAGGUUCAAACAACAGCGGUGUGGUCAAUGACUUGCUGGAGUCGUUGGCCAAGCGUCAUGACUCUGACUUCGUCGAGCGUCUCCUUGUGGCUCUGCCAUCGACAGGAUUUGUCUUGGACAGCCGCAGCUACGAGAUCCUCACCAACAUGCACUUCACGAUGCGUAACUUCGAGCUGGUGGACCUCGUGGUCGCGCAGGCAAAGGCUGCCCAGGUGCCACUGACCACUCGCACCUCCAUUGUGCUGAUCAAGACGGCGCUGAAGACGCAGAAUUUUAAGGAUGCCUUGGACACUUUCCGUGAGCUCAAGUCCCUUUGGACAGGCCCUGCAGCGGCAGGCCCCUCGACGGCCCCGCGGCAGAUCGUUGGACACCUCGUGGACAUGGCUUGCAAGGAGCAAAAGCUGAAGCUGUUUCUCCCAGAGCUUGCGACAGUCCCGCUGUCAGAGGAUGCCAUUCAAGCCAUGGUGGCGGAAGCUGUUCGAGAGAAGGAUGAAGAGCUCCUCCAGCAGGUGGAAUCUCUUGCACGCGAGAAGGGCAUCGCCUUCUCCGAGUCGACCUAUGGCUUGCUCAUGAAAGGAUACCGAGAUUGCGAUGAGAAAGUCGAGAAGCUGUUCAAGGAGGCCUUGGAAAAGAAGCCGGAUGCAGGACCCGAACUGUGCCUGGCACUGCUCGCGUGCUGCCAGCAGACCCGCAACUUUGCCCUCGCAGACCAGGCCUACCAGCACUUCUCCAAGAACAUGCCGCAGGCGGUCCUGAAUGCUUUUGUCCGCUUCCACUUCGAGGUCGAGAACUACGAGAAGGUCUGCGACAUGUAUGAGAAAGAUGCUGCCCCGCUGCGCGAGAAGGCUGCGGCUGAAGGUAGAGCCAUCCUGGACUCACGCAUGGAGCGUUGCGUCAUGAACGCUGCGCUGAAGUGCGGCCGCAGCAAGCUGGCGCAGUCCCUCCUCUCUGAGAACCCGUCUGAUGUGGCAAAACACAUCACGAUGAUCCGCAGCUGCGCGGUGGAGCACAACCUGGAGGGAGCGAUGAACGUCUUCCAGUCCUUGAAGAACAGCGCAGCUGAGCUCAACAGCGUCGUUUACAACACCGUCUUGGAUGCCUGCGUCGAGUGCUCCCGGCUGGAGAAGGCCGAGGCGUGGAUGGAGCAGAUGAAGAAGGAUGGUAUGGCUGAUGUUGUCAGCUACAACACCCUCAUCAAAGCCCACCUCCAGGCGGGGCACAUGGGCAAAGCCCGAGCUCUUGUCGAAGAGAUGCGGGUUGCGCAGCUGCAGCCGAACUGCAUCACCUUCAACGAGAUCGUGAAUGCCACUGUUUCAAGCCCUGACAGGAGGGUGCGCGGGGAGGUCUGGAAGGUCAUCCAUGAGAUGCAGGCGGCAGGCGUGAAGCCCAAUCAAGUCACUUGCUCGAUCCUGCUGAAGAACCUGAAUGGCUCUUCCCCGGAGUCGGACAUCAAUCAGACGAUGCAGCUCAUCAACGACAUGGAGGAGCAGCUGGAUGAGGUUCUUCUCUCCUCAGUGGUGGAGGCCUGUGUUCGCAUUGGCAAGCCUGAUCUCCUCAACACCAAAUUGAGGCAGCUCAUGUCCGGUGACAUCAAGGUCAAUGGCUCUCAUACCUUCGGCAGCCUUAUCAAGGCUUACGGACACGCCAGGGACAUGAAGUCGGUCUGGCGUUGCUGGAAGGAGAUGAGAACUCGCCACAUCAAGCCGACCAGCAUCACCGUAGGCUGCAUGAUCGAGGCCGUGGUGUCGAAUGGAGACCCGGACGGCGCCUGGCAUCUGAUCCAAGAGCUUGGCGAGGAUCCUCAUUGCAAGGGCAUCCUGAAUGCCGUCAUCUAUUGCUCCGUGUUGAAGGGCUUCACCAGGGAGAAGAAUGCCGGGAAGGUCUGGUCGGUCUAUGAGGAGAUGCAGAGGCGCAACAUUGACUUGUCGGUUGUCACCUACAACACGCUUCUUGACUGCUGCGCCCGCUGCUGUCGCAUGGAUGGCGUGCCUGACAUCCUAGCAGACAUGAAGAAGGCAAACAUCAAGCCGAACAUCAUCACCUACAGCACCAUGCUGAAGGGCCAUUGCCAAGUUGGUGACCUCUCUGCAGCUUUUAAGCUGGUCAAGGAGAUGAGGGAAGAGGCGGGCCUGGUGCCGGACGAGAUCAUGUACAACUCACUCCUGGACGGCUGUGCGCAAAGCAACCUGGUCGAGGAAGGCUUGCGCGUGCUCAAAGAGAUGGAGGAAGCGGGUGUGAAGCCAAGCAACUUCACCCUCUCUGUCCUUGUGAAGCUCAUGAGCCGAGCACGUCGUGUGGACUCGGCCUUUGAGCUUGUGAAGGAGCUGUCGGGCAAGUACCACCUCAACCCAAACUCCCACGUCUAUGCCAAUCUUGUCCAGGCGUGCUGCUACAGCAAGCAGCUUCAGAGGGGCCUCAAGACACUGGAGGAGAUGAUGGAGCGCAAGGUACAACCAGACAAGCGAACUUACUCAAUGCUGUUCCGAACAGCGGUGCAACAGUGCCAGUUCGACAAGGUCGAUGGCUUGCUCCGGGGUGCACUUGGCCUUUCCGGAGCUUUGCCUUUCCUGUCCAAUCGUUCGCUGGCCGCUUGCCCAGGCAUUGAGGAGGUUGCGAUCUCGGAGACCCUGUCGUCCAUGGCGAGCUCUCCCGAAGGGAACAAGGUAGCCGCCGGACUGCUGGUCGACCUCCGGAAGGAGAAGCCGAACGUGUGGGUGGACCCCGCUGUGCAGCGCUGCGUGCUGCAAGGCGGACAGCCCCCACAGACCUGGACACAGGAGCGUAGAUCCUCCAAGGGCAAAGGCAAGGGCAAGGGCAACAGCCAAAGGGCGUGA